CGCCGUUUCGAAGUUUCUAUAAAAGCGUAGAUAAGAAACCCUAGGGUUUCUCAUCAGCCUACUCUUUAGUUGCAGCUGCUUCCCUUUCCACAACCAGAAGUCCUUCAAAUUAACAAUAAUGACCAAGAGGACAAAGAAGGCUGGUAUUGUUGGGAAGUAUGGCACCCGGUAUGGUGCUAGUCUGCGUAAGCAGAUUAAGAAGAUGGAGGUUAGUCAGCACAGCAAAUUUUUCUGCGAAUUCUGUGGGAAGUAUGCUGUGAAGAGGAAGGCUGUGGGAAUUUGGGGCUGCAAGGACUGUGGAAAAGUCAAGGCAGGCGGUGCCUACACUUUGAACACUGCCAGUGCUGUAACUGUGAGGAGCACAAUUAGAAGGCUGAGGGAACAAACCGAGAGUUAAGCUGCCAUCACCUGGCCUACAAAUUCUGUCUUUAGGAUACAUCCGCACCAUUGUCUUAGCAAUAGACUACUUGGAAUGUUCUGAAGUUGAUCUAUAUUCUGGAUGAGUGAUAUUCAUUUUAGUGUACUGUGAUUUUGGUCAUAUUUGAUGGCAUUUUAACCAUUUGCUAUUUAGUUCAUCAUUAAUCCCUCCUCUCUUGCUUAUGAGACAUCAAUGUGUCUAAAUGGAAACUGCCAUCUGUGGGAAAAUUUCAACUUUUUAGUUGGCAGCAGCUUUCUAUUUUACCAUUCUAUGAAAGAAUUGAAAAUUUUAAGGGAAA